AUGCGAGCAGAUGCUAAUCCAUGUCGAAGACCUAUAGAAGACUCGAAGAAUAGAGUCGGGUGUAAGGCUAGAGCCUUUUGGGAAAAUUCGACUGAAAAGAAACCUGAUCAUUGGGACUUAUUUGAAAGGACUCACAAACGAAAAAAUGAUCCCACAAAAUGGGUUUCCCCAUUAGCAGAGCAGUUUGCGGUUGAUUUUGAAACACAAAUUGUUGCAAGAGACUCACAGGAGAAUGAAGAUGGUGCCCACAAAAAAUCAAAUGAUGACAUCUACUUAGAGGUUGUUGGGGGUGCGAACAAGAAGGGGCGGAUUUAUGGAUUAGGUGCAGAGGCUGGAAAGUUCAAACAUUCUAAGGCCACAUCAUCUCAUGGCGUCUCACCCUCAGAGUAUGAGACAAUGAGAAAUCUUGUUUCUACUUUAACAGAGGAGAACAAGAAGCUAAAGGGAAAAAUGAAGACAUAUGAUGAAAAAUUUGAAUACAUGGACAGAUUCAUGGAGAGCUUUCCUCAAAGCCUGGCUUCACGCUGUAAGAUCAAGUUUUGA